AUGGUCGACAAUAUUAAUACCAAUAGUGAACAACGACAGUUUAAUGGAGGAGGUAAUGGAUUAAAUAACAGCAGCAGUAUCAGUCGAAAAAAAGGAAAUAAUGGUGUUGGUGGUAGUGAUUUGACGGCUUCUCCAAAAUAUAAUAAAACAAAUUCACGUGGAUAUAACAAAGAAAUUCAACAACAAAAACAAAACCGAGGACAUAAUAAUAAUAAUACUAAUAACAAUACUCGAGAACAAAGAAAUAGUGGUAAUGCAAGAUAUCGAAAUAAUGAACAAAAUAAGCCUUAUCAGAAUGAACGAAGUGAUCAUGUUGAUGUGGAUGAUGAUAAUGUCGAUGAUGACGUUACAAGUGAUGUAUUUGAUUUUGAUGAUCAAUAUUCAAAUAAACGUGGCAGUGUUAGUGGUACAAAAAAGACAAAUAUGAGUCAUUUACUUAAUUUUCAUUACCUUGAUAAACAACGUAAUAAUAUUCGUGGUAAUCGUCGAUCAUCUAAUUCAGGUUAUUAUUCAAAUAAUCGAUGGAUAUCAAAUGGAAAUUCUUCCUAUAGACAAUCAUUUUCCAAAGAACAAUUUCUUCAAGCAAAUUGUCAAUUUGUUGUACAAAAAGGUUUAAUUGAUUAUUCAGUACAUUUUGCUGAUCCAGACUUAGCUAUUGAUUGGUCAUGUGUUGAACAAGUUCGACUUCAUUCAAUGCAAACUCUUAAAUGUCCGAUUUGUCUAUCUGAACCACAAGCAGGAAAAAUAACACGUUGUGGACAUGUUUAUUGUUGGUCUUGUUUAUUACAUUAUUUAGCAUUAAGUGAUAAACCAUGGAGAAAAUGUCCUGUUUGUUCUGAAUCAAUUUAUAAACAAGAUAUUCGAAGUGUUCGAGGAAUUACUUCACGAUCUUUAAAAGCUGGCGAUUGGAUUACAUUUCGAUUAAUGUGUCGUGAACGUGGUUCAGCUCUUUUUUUCCCACGAAAUAAUUUUAAUGCAAAUGUUUUACAACAUGAACCAGAAUGUCUUGUUAUGGAAGCAAAUAAACAACAAUAUGCUCAUUUAUUAUCUGCUGAUAAUGAAAUAAUUUUGAAUGAAAUAAUUGAAAAAGAAAAAUUAGAAUUAUUAAAUCAAUUAGAAUAUGAUGGUGAUCAACCUGAAGCUUGUUUUAUAAAACAAGCAUUAGAAGAAAAUAAUGCAAGAGAAAAACUUGUUCGAGAACGAGUUGAUAUAAAAAAGAAUAUAGAAGAAAUUAAAGUAACAUUAAAACCAGCGAAAGAAGAAGUAGAAGAAAAACUUUUACCAAUAAAACCUGUAUUAGUAUAUGAUGAUGCGUUUGACAAUAGCAUAGUAUCGACACAAGAAGGGAAUUUCGAUAUUCAUACUGAAGAAAAAUCUGAUACAAAUAUAACGUUAACUUCCGAUAAAAAUCAUCCUCAACCUGUAUCAGCAUCGAAUAUACAAUCAACUCGACAUUAUUUCUAUCAAGCGGAUGAUAUCUAUCAUGCAUAUUUAAAUGGAUUUAAUACUCGAAUGUUACUUCAUGAAUAUAGUUCUUAUCAACAAUGUCCAGAUGAACUUCAUGUUCGAGUUGAAGCUAUUGAAAGUUUUUUUAUGACUGAAGAACUUCGAUCACAAUUUCGUUCAUUAAGUCAUCUGCCAUUAACAUGUGAAUUUCAAGUUAUUGAAAUUCGUCUUCAUCCACCAAUAAUAUCUCCAUUAACAACGCAAUUUUUUACUGAGGAAAUUCAUCGUCGUCGACAACAUCGAACACGUAAAGAACGUUUAGAAAAACGAAGACAACAGGAAGCAGAAUUUGUUGAAAGUCAAAAAUUAUUUUCUCAUUAUCCACCUGAAAUGAUGUAUAUGCCGCAAGAAACUUUUCCUGUCAAUGGAAUAAAUUCAGUAGAAGAAUUUCCAGCUAUGAUUAGUACUGCAACAUCUUCAUCACCACCAUCAUCAGCAUCAAUACAAUUAUCUGAUGAAAACUUUUCACCACCAACAAAUGUUUCAUUUGCUCAAAUGCUUAAACAACAAGCGCCAGCUAAUUUCAAACCAAUCAUAAUAAAUAAACCAAUUGCAACAAAAACUUCAACAAUUGAAAUUUUAACAAAAACUAAAAAGAAUAAAAAAAAGAAAGGUGACAAUGAUAGUGAUGAUGAUCAAAUUAAUGAUAAUGACGAAUAUUAUGCAGCAGUACCUAAUUUUCAUUCGAGUUUUAGUCUCGAGGGAGUAUUUGAUCGACUUAAACUAGUAAAUGGUGAAGAACAUCCGGUAUCAGCAGGUAGUGAAGUUACAGGCAAUGUUACAACAAAAAAGAAGAAUAAAAAAACUAAACAAAUCCUAUUUGCUACUGGAAUGGGUGGUCAAGCAAAACUGUGA